CAAGUCUGUGGAUAUAUAAAGCGACCCGAACAGCUAUGGUUAUGAAUCGUGAUUUGAAACUUUAAACAAACCAUGUCAAAUAACCUUGCAGGGUUCGUUGUUCCGCAGACCGAUGACUGGAACAGAGUGGUGCUUGCAACAGAAAAUUUCGUUGUUUCGCAGACCGAGGACUGGAACGGAGUGGUGCUUGCAACAGAAAAUAGGUUCGUUGUUCCGCAGACCGAGGACUGGGAUGAAGAAAUUCGACAGUACGAAGCAGAGCAAGCCCAGCGCGAGUUACACACGUUGUCAAACGUGUUAAACCGUGAUGUGGACAGUAGAGCAAAAGAGCUGAUGGAAGAGGCUAUUCGAGCAGAUGCCAUUCGACAAUUUAAACUGUGUACCAUAUGUUACAUUUCCGACAAAAACUGUACUUUAACAAAGUGCGGACACACAUUCUGUGAAACAUGUUGUGUGUUAAUGUUGGGAAAAUAUUGUGGGAUGUGCAGGGCGACGGUUACAGGAUGGGUUCGGAUGUUAUUUACUGACUAGACUGUUUUGACUGUGUUUAACUGUUUAUAUGCAUUUUCAUUUGAUGCGCGUUUGUUUUCUUGCAUUUGUUUGCAUUUAUAAAAUGUUGAAAUGUGUUUCAUGUGUUGGUCGUAAGUUGAGCAGGUUAGCGAAUUGACUUUUAAAGCACGAAACAUGUACUGUAAAUCUACAGCUCUCGAACGUUAUUUCUAUCAAUGUAAACAAGCGAGGGAAAAGAGUAAAUUACAUCGGUUUAACUCAAUUUGCUCGAAAACCUCUCGUAAUAUCAAGAUGAAAUUUUCACCACAAUAUUUUAUCAUAUGAUAGGUAUAAUUUUUGUUUGCCUAUUUUGUUUUUACUCGGCUACUUGUAUCAGAUAUUCAACUAUACAAAAUUCGCUAACAAGAAAACUUUUUUGCCUUUUCGUUUUGCGACAAAAAAUAUAUACUGUUAAAUAGGGAUUGUUUUUCUGAAUGAUUUGGUGUAUCAAACUAUGUAUGUUUGUGAAUCAUUCCGAUUAAACGAGCAGACAGUUAAA